GUUGCUCAGUGAUUUUCUUCUCCUCCUCUAUCGCUCUCUCCUGGCAUUUGCUCUCUCCAUUAGUGAGGUGACAGUGGCUGGGGGAACUGAUACUCUGUCUCUCCAUCUUUUCUCUCUUUCUCUCUCUCUCUUCCUCCUCAGCUUCCUCUAACAGCAGGGAUGUAGUCCUCUGCCUCUUUCAAACUUCAGCACCGGCUAUGCUGUGAACUCCUUGGUGACCACUAUUGAUUCUAUUGGACCUUUUUCUUCUCUCGCUCCUCACUGAGCUUUUUGCUCCACUUGUUUGAGAGGACCUUAUUGAGUUUGGAAGGGGAGGUGUUUGAUUUCUCUCUAUAACCUGGUGGAACUACGGGACCAUGGCCAUGAAGGAGACCAUUCUGCCCAUCAGCGAGGUGUCCGCCCCGACCCUGACCCCAGAGGUGGUGGAGCUCAAUGUGGGUGGCCAGGUGUACGUCACCAAGCGCUCCACUCUGGUCAGCGUGCCCGACACCACCCUGCACGCCAUGUUCGCCCGGUGCCCACCAUGGGAGCUGCCGAGGGACAGCCGAGGUCGAUUCUUCAUCGACCGCGAUGGCUUCCUGUUCCGCUACGUGCUGGACUUCCUGCGAGACCGCCAGCUGGUGCUGCCCGACCACUUUCCAGAGCGUGAGCGUCUGCAACGGGAGGCUGAGCACUUCAAGCUGGGCGAGCUGCUGCGCCUCCUGGGGCCCCGGGUAGGUUCCAAGCAGGGCUCCAUGAACGAUGAGGGCUGCCACAGCGACAUCGAGGAGAGCUCGCAAAGCAGCGAGUACCCCACAGGUUGUAACUCGACUUCCUCAGACAAGAGGUCAGGGUUCAUCACCAUCGGCUACAGGGGCUCCUACACCACAAUGCGGGACAACCAAGCCGACGCCAAGUUCCGACGCGUGGCUCGGAUCAUGGUGUGUGGACGCAUCGCCCUGGCCAAAGAGGUGUUUGGGGAAACACUGAACGAGAGCCGGGACCCCGACAGGCCGCCGGAGAAGUACACUUCACGGUUUUACCUCAAGUUCACCUACCUGGAGCAGGCAUUUGACCAGCUUUCUGAGGUGGGCUUUACAAUGGUGGCGUGUAACUCCACGGGAACAGCCGCUUUUGUCAACCAGUACAGGAACGACAAAAUCUGGAGCAGCUAUACGGAGUACAUCUUCUUCAGGCCGGCAUCGAAGACCGUCUCCCCCAAGCAAGACAAACUGGGUACUGACAAGGGCAGCGAGAGCGGCACGUCCCUCAACGAGCUCUCCACCUCCAGCUCCGAGACCCACUCCGAGGCCACCUCACCCCAGGAUGGUCCCAACCUGGCCCGCUGCGGAGCCCUCCAGUCCGUUUCCCGGCAGCCCAGCACCCUCACCCUGGGGCGGCCCUCCAAGAAGGGCUCGUCAGUGCAGUGGAUGCAGCUGCCAGAUAAGCGACGCAACAGCGAGCUCUUCCAGUCGCUGAUGGGGCGUGAUGGCGGCCUGAGCAGGAAGAAGAACACGGAGAGACCCAGUGCAGAGGAAGAGAUGAAGCAGUGCAUCCAGGACUUUAACAACAUCAAAAUCCCACAGGCGUUCCCCGAGCGCAAGCGGCAGUGGCAGUCCGAACUACUCCAAAAGUACGGUCUAUAGGGGCCAUUUUCUAUCCCCAUCCCCAUUCCACAUGUAGCCAUCUUUAUUUGGAUUCCUUCCAUUUUGGCUGGUUUUAAGUGCUAUGAUUCCUUCUAAAAUGUCUGACAGUUCAAAUGAAGUUAAAAGGAUCGCCAACCAACUGUUGUUUUUGUGAAGGGAAGCACAGCGGAUAUCCCCUUUACCGGUAUGUUGUCUCUUAAAUUCUAGAUUGCAUUGGAGAUUACUCAUACAAGCCUCAAAAGUAAAAACCUUUCCAACAUUAUGACUAUGUGUAAAGAAUUUUGACUAUUUUCUUUUCUUGGACACCUUCAGUGUCAUUCCCACUCCCCUCUCUUCGGAAUGGAUUGAAAUAGUUGUGAAUGUAGAUGACUGUUGUUAACGAAUAAGAAAACAUAGAUAUACUGUAUACCACUAAAGACUUCAUUAAAAUCAUUCAAUUAUCUACAGAGAGAGAUAAUUAUAUGUGUUCAACAUGUGAAUUGUUUAAGGGGUUUUGUAUAUCCAGAUAGUGGAAAGAGUGGAAUAUGUCAAUUCAGUAUCUACCAUGGGUGUCCUUUGGUGUGUUUACUGUUGUUGUCCAUGGUCAAUGUGUGAGUAACAACAUUUAUUGCAACUUUUUUAGAAGAAUUCUACAAUAAAAUAUAAUAUCAUGUUAUAACACUUUUCAGUCCAGGACCAGGCUUAAUCAGUGUCCAGGAAACCAGCUCUAUGUAAAAAUCCCUCAGUGCUGGGCUAAGAACGGUGAAGAUGAUUUCUUACAAUCACUCUAGAUAGAUAGAUAUGGUGUGCUGAGGACCAAGCCCUUUUCUGCAGUGUUAACUUGCUCACCCAAUAACUUAUGUAAUUGACUGAAAAAGCUGAUUACUGAGCAAUGGAAGAGUCUGUUUUUGUCAGUCCUUUGUUGAAAAUCAUUUAUCUAAUAAAAGUGUUGCGUAAAGAUGAAAAAGCUGCUGGCCAUUUUCAUGCGUUUCCUACUUCCCCAAAGACCUGGAUUGGAGAUCAGGAUAACUACAUUUCUAACAGAGGUUAACAUGCCUUGAUGCUCUGUUUUGAAGCAAUGCACAAUGUCACGCCUAUCUGCAGAGGUGCAUGAUGAGCUGUGUAUGAUGUCAUCAAGUGGCUGAUAUACAUCCGUUAUUUUAUACAGCAUAUUGCCAAGGUGAGAGGUUUUGUUUUAAAGGGAUUCAAUAAAAUGAUAUGUUAUGAACUAGACGAAUUACAACACAUCUUUCAGACAUAUUGUUUACAACCCAAUUACGAAUCCCUUACCAUGAGCACAUUGAACCACAAGGCAAAAAUCUAAAACAAAUACAGGCUUAGUGAAUUGAAGAAAACACUUCACUCACCAAAUUGCUUUGGCAGAUGGAAAAUAUGGUGGCGAUUACAUAAACACUGACUGCUUUCCAUUUGCUAUUUGAAUGAGAAGAAAAGGAGCUUCAGAGACUGAACAUCCUCCACUGAGUUUAACCCCACUAGUCGGAGUUGGCCCUAUCCAAGGUGCUGAAAUGAUCUUCACUUAGUCUCAAAUGAGAUUGCAGGUAUAUCACAACAGGAUUGAACAAGUUAUGUUUUCCCAUCUUCUGCCAGGGACCAAACAUGUCUGAAAAUGGAAAUGUGCACAAUGUUUCUAGAUAAUGGAUUAUUUCACUGAUGGUUGAAGUGAAUCUGAAAUGGUCGGAUAUGCUGUAUUUAUCAGAAACCAGUAAUGGCAAUGUUGGGGGAUUUCCUCCAAAACAUCCAUGGUCCAUCCCUUGGGAUCAGGGCUCAUCUACUAGAUGUGGGCAAGAGAGCUCAUUUGAAUAUAUUUGAAAAGAUUUUAAAAAAUCUACUGCCAGUGUUAGUAUUGUUUCCAUGGUAACGCAGACAGUGGAUGGGUUCUCCAAACCCAAUGACAGUCAUUCAAGUAGAUAGAGACAUGUGACGCAUGCAUAGGCAAGUAGGUUAUCUUACAUUCAGAAGUCCAUGUCAACUGACAGCAGUAAUUAUGAGUCUCUCUUGAAUCCAUCUAUCAUUGUGACUGACAAGGCAUGAGCAAGUCCUAGUGAAAUGUAUUAUUCAUCCCAGAGCCUGUGAUAGGAACCAUUAUCUGCUUUUUGCUAAUAUAGUGGUCACAGGGCAUUUACUUUAGGAAUCUGUCAAUGACGGAUUGGCCAUUAGACGAGACUGCGAGGCCCUCAAAAGUCUAAACUAUUUGACGUGUUGCUUGAAAAAAUGUCCCCAUAUCCCAUAUGCCUGUAUGAAAAUGCACCAAUUUAUUUCAAUCAGAUGGCAAUAAACAUGCCGAAUGUUUCUGUUAUAAAUGUCUA